AUGGCGGGCUCUAUCGAUGAUUACGACCGAUCGCAGGUCGACGAGAAGGCGACCGUGCAGCCCCAUGAGGGAAGCAGCGACCUGGAGCCGCGACAUAGUCACCAGGAGGCUGCGGAGGAGCUACAGCUGCACGAGUCUGAACGGGAUAUUCCAGUACGCUACACCGACUACCCGCGCAGAGUUGCAAUGUGUCUAACAGCAGAUAACAGAUGA